UCGAAAACUAACUAACGAUUUAGCAAAAGAAGCAGACGCCAUAACCACUUAGCAGAAUUUAAAACCCAAACUAAGAGAGAGAAACGAGAGAGAGAGAGAGUGAGUAAUGGCUUCUUUCUCUCCAUAUGAUUUCUCAGGCUGAGUUUUAGGAAGCCUCUAAAAACGCCAAAAGAAAGAAGGAUUUCGUCAGAAAAUCAAAUCCAUUUUUACAUUUUCAGUUAACAUGAGCUCUCGUUUUUUCUCUCUCCCUGCACAUGAAGCUGGAGAAGAAUCUUCCACAGCUCGCAAACAUUCCUUGAACAUGACUGAAUUCCCAAUCUUCAAGCAAGUUGUUCUUUUCUAUUAGAAGCUCUGAAGCACAAUACAUUAGCCGAUAUGGAGAGACGGGUCAAUGAUUAAUGGUAUCCAUUAUAACAUAUGGUUUCUUGACUUAUUGUCUCGCUAAAAUCUUGCCUGGAACUUUGGAGGUGGAUUUUGGUAGAAGAUAGAGUAAGGCGGAGAUAUGGGGUCUUUUGGUGGCGGGGAGCAAAUGCAAGGGCUGGGAGAAUGCGAAGAGAAAAUCUUUGUUUCAAUUCGGCUUCGACCUUUGAAUCAGAAGGAGGCUUUAAGAAAUGAUGUAUCAGAUUGGGAAUGCAUCAAUGAUACAACCAUCAUAUACAGGAAUAAUCUUUCAGUUUCUGAGCGCUCCAUGUACCCAACUGCCUAUACAUUUGACAGAGUAUUUAGCUUUGAUUCCUCCACAAGGCAGGUGUAUCAAGAAGGAGCCAAGGAUGUAGCUCUAUCAGUUGUCAGUGGUAUAAAUGCUAGUAUUUUUGCAUAUGGACAAACAAGCAGUGGAAAGACAUACACCAUGAGUGGUAUCACUGAGUAUACAGUAGCAGAUAUAUAUGAUUACGUAGAGAAGCACAAUGAAAGAGAGUAUGUUAUGAAGCUCUCGGCUAUGGAAAUCUACAAUGAAUCUGUCAGGGACCUACUUAGUGCAGAUAACACUCCUCUUAGACUUCUUGAUGAUCCAGAGAGAGGGACCAUCGUUGAAAGGCUGACAGAGGAAACACUGCGGGACUGGAACCAUUUCAAAGAACUUCUGUCUGUUUGUGAAGCUCAAAGACAGAUAGGCGAGACAUCACUUAAUGAAGCAAGCUCAAGAUCGCAUCAGAUUAUUAGACUGAUAAUUGAAAGUUCAACUCGCGAGUUUUUAGGAAGAGACAAAUCAAGCUCCCUAUCAGCUACAGUGAACUUUGUUGAUCUUGCAGGAAGUGAGCGUGCAUCCCAGACAUUAUCGGCUGGUGCAAGGUUGAAAGAAGGUUGCCAUAUAAAUCGCAGUUUACUAACUCUAGGCACUGUUAUCCGUAAGCUAAGCAAGGGAAGAAAUGGUCACGUUCCUUACAGAGAUUCAAAGCUAACCCGUAUACUCCAGUCCUCUUUAGGGGGAAAUGCCAGAACUGCCAUCAUCUGUACCUUGAGUCCUGCCAGAAGUCACGUUGAACAAUCAAGAAAUACCCUAUUGUUUGCAAGUUGUGCUAAAGAAGUGGCAACCAACGCACAGGUCAAUGUAGUUAUGUCAGAUAAAGCGUUGGUAAAGAAGUUACAAAGAGAACUGGCUAGGUUGGAGAGUGAGUUGAGCUGUUCUGGAACAACAGUGGCUUCAUCUGAUUCUUCUGCAUUAUUGCUAGAGAAAGACCUUCAGAUUGAAAAGCUCAAGAAAGAGAUAUCAGAGGUCAUAAUGCAACGUGAUGCAGCUCAGUCUCAGGUCAAAGAUUUGCUGCGAAUAGUUGAAGAAGAUAGAAAAUCAGUACCGGUGGAUCUGGAUCAGUAUUACCCUAAAUUGCGAGUGCGAAAUUCAUGGGAUUUUGAAAAUCGAGCACCACGGACCCUGGUUUUCGCUGGUUCUAAAUGCCUUGACCGCCAUACCAAUUCGUUUGAUACAUCUCAUAAUUCAGAUGUUCAGAGCAAUAUUUCUGAUGAUAGCUUUUUCCAACUUCAUGAUUCUGACUUAAAUUCCCUGCCAACAGAAUCACCCUCUCCGCGGUUGUCAGUAAGAAUACCAAAUUUCAUUCCAAAUUUUGUUGAAAUUGAUAUGCAAGAGGAAACCAAAGAACAUUUUGAUAGAAAUUCAGAUGAUAUUUGCAAGGAAGUUCGAUGUAUAGAAGUGGAAGAGCAAAACACAAACAGACACCUUGAGUCAAACAUAUCAGAUACAAGCCCAAAAAGAUCUCUCAACUCAAAUGUGUCAUCUCCCAAAGAAAAAGAAGCUAUUUCAGAAUCAACAGUGGUUGAAAAUGGAGUUAACACAAAUGAAGAAAAGGGAUCACGUACUUCGAUGAAAAAUGAAGUUUUGAAUGGCUUCCAAACCGGUUUGCUAAUUCCAUCUCCGGAAAAACCAUCUCAUUGGUUAUUGGAUAAAGAUUUGUCUGACUCCUCAUGCUGGAAGCUAACUAGGAGCAGGAGUUGCAAAGCACGUGUAGGUGCUAGUUUAAAUUCACAAUGGUUUGAUACGGAAGAAAAGGACGAGACCACACCACCAGGUAUAUUAGAGAAAAGUUUCACAGGAAGACCCGAGGGUUUGCAGAAGAAAGUUCCCCAUUUGAACUAUGAUGUGAACAUUGAAACAUUAUCAAGAAAUGGUUCAUCAGAAAUGUUGUCAAAUGAUUCACAGAAGACAUUAUCGAGAAAUGUUUCACAGAAGUUAUCAAGAAAUGGUUCACCAGAAACGUUGUCAAGAAAUGGUUCCCAGAAGGCAUUAUCGAGAAAUGAUUCACAGAAGACAUUAUCGAGAAAUGAUUCACAGAAGACAUUAUCAAGAAAUGAUUCACAUUCGACGUUAUCAAGAAGUGAUUCACAUACGUCCUUGUCAAUAAAUGGUUCACAUUCGACAUUAUCAGGAAAUGUUUCAAAUAUGACUUUAUCAAGAAAUGAUUCACAGAAGACAGUAUCAAGAAAUGAAUCACAGAAGAUGUUAUCAAGAAAUGCUUCUCAGGCAUCUGCUUUGACUGAUUCUUUUGAUGAGCUCAAACUACAGGACAUCAAAUCUUCACACGACGAUGAGAAUACUAACACCAGUACUUUAGCUGGCAGAACAGAGGAAACAGAGGAUUUCCCAUCCGAGAAAACAAUUCCUCAUUUUGAGGUCAUAGUUCCUGCAAGGAAUGUAAAAGAUGUUGGAUUGGACCCAAUGCAGAACGAAGAAGUGGGAAGUCCUCCAAAGUGGCCUUCUGAAUUCAAGAGGCUCCAAAAAGAGAUUAUCGAACUCUGGCAUGCUUGCAAUGUGUCGUUAGUUCACAGGACUUACUUCUUCUUACUAUUCAGAGGUGAUCCUACUGAUUCCAUUUACUUAGAGGUAGAGCUGAGAAGAUUGUCCUUCCUCAAAGACACAUUUUCUCGUGGCAGCCAAACUGUCGAGGAUGGUCGAACUCUAUCUUAUGCAUCAAGCGCAAGGGCAAUAUGCCGUGAAAGGCUAAUGCUUGCUAAGCAAUUGCAGAAGAAGCUCUCCAAACAUGAAAGAGAGAACAUUUACCUAAAGUGGGGUAUUGCGUUAAAGACAAAAAACAGAAGGUUGCAGUUGGCCCACCGCUUGUGGUCCAACACAAAAGAUAUUAAUCACAUCACAGAGAGCGCUGCUGUUGUUGUGAAGCUGGUUGGUUCUGGAGAGCCAGACCAGGCUUCCAAGGAGAUGUUUGGGCUUAGAUUUACGCCCAGACGAACAAGCGGGAAGUAUUAUGGAUUGAAAUAGGGCAUUAGCCUUCAAGUCUCUCCUCUAAACUAUCACCCUUUUCAAUGCCUUGAUAAUAAUAUCUUUUGCUGUUGCUACAUAGAAGAGUAUGAUUCUUCUAGAGAAAGGAAAUUUUCUAAUCUUGAAAGCUUGUAAAUGUCCCUAGUUAGAAAAUGACCACAUAAAUUUGUAACAUGAUCCUUUCCUCGUUAAACUCUGAGCUUAUGAUGAACGUAGAAAUAUGAGUGAUAAAUACGACUCUUCUUUACCAUGUAUGGGAAGAGUAACACAGGCCUUUCAUACGUCCUAGAUGACUUUUGUAUUUCAGUUGUGAGAACAAGGACGUUGUCUGUUACUUCUGAAAUUUAUUUAUAUGUUUUAUUUGGGGCUUGAAUUGUUUUCAACGCCUACUUUGGA